AUGCGACAGGGUAUUAAUUUACUGUUACUACUGCUUUUAUUUUGGAUAACCUGUUUGGAGGCUUUAUAUGAAUUGUCGAAGAAUAUUGAUUUUGUUUUAAGUGGAGUACCAAAAGCGAAGGAUACUGGUAACCUUUUUUUAUUAGUCAGUGUAAAUGAAAAAGAACCACUCGAUACGAUUGAUAUACACGUUCAUGAUGAGGUAAAAAAUCCGUGUAAGGAUGCAACAACAUAUUGGCUGGAACUGUAUUUCAACAGUUCCUUUGAUCGUCUUACUACAGAACAAUUGGAGAUUAUGGUUGAACAGGCAGUGAAAAUAUUAAAAGCUGAUAGACAGGGGGAAAAAUGUAGUGAACUGUACAUAGCAGAAGAAUACUUUGCAUUUUAUGCUUAUAUUUUUAUGACCGCAAUAUUCGAAAAUCGGAAUGAUAUUCGCAUUUAUCCCGAUGAUUACUUAGUUAAAGUUCGUGAAAGAAAAUCCUAUUUUGAUGCAGUUCCAAUUGUACAAAAUACUACAGUACUCACCUAUAAGUUCAGUUGUGGAGAUUCUGGCGACAUAGACUUUGAAAUUGCCGAACUGUUAGAAGACAGUUUCGUGUUUGAAAGUCUCACAAAAACUGGACUGCCACAGUGCUAUGGGCGUCAGGUUACAACUGGUAAAGUGUUGCAACGUAAACAGCGGCAUGGAAGUCGCGAUUCUGGUCGAGUUCAGUCCUCUUUUGAUUUUGUUACUUCAAUGCCGGAAAUAAAGGAAACUACAGCAGAAUCUGAAACAGAGCGCUCUUCUCGAGUAUCAGCAAAGGAAGACAAAAAGCCGACACUGAUGAACACGUUAGGCAAAUUUAAAUGUCAACGGUUUUUUGUUGGUGGAAAGGAGGAGGAGAAAAGUGAGGGAUAUGAACUUCAAUUGAGAGAAUUUUAUCAAGUGUAA